AUGAAGUGCGUCGUGUUGUUGGGGAUUCUUACUGUAAUCCUGAGCCUUAAUGUUGUACCGACACAGUCAAACCCUGUGCCACAGAUUGGAUUUGGAGUUGGUUUAAUAGGUCCGUACAGCGGAUACGGUGGAUUAGGAUACGGAGGAUACGGUGGUUACGGCGGAGGAUAUGGACAUGGCUACGGUGGAUAUGGUGGAUAUGGUGGAUACGGUGGCUACGGUGGUUACGGGCAUGGUUAUGGAUACUACCGACGAAGACGUCCAUUCUUCGCUCCGCCUGCUAUAUUGGUUGGAUAA